AUGGUGUGUGGCGGAAUGGAUUCCGACCACCUCAUCAAUGGCGACCUCGCCCAUGGAUUUGAGAAUAUGGUGUGUGUUCGGUGUAAUGAUGGAUUCUCGAUGCAAGAUCAGAUGGUGAACUCGUCCGGACAAGUCUGGCACUCGGAAUGUUUUGUGUAAGACAGCAGGCAGACGCGUGUUAUGACUAAUUCCUUUUCAUUUCAGUUGCGCUCAGUGUUUUGAACCGUUUCCCGAUGGUAUCUAUUUCGAAUUCGAAGGACGGAAAUACUGCGAGCACGAUUUCCAUGUGCUCUACUCUCCAUGCUGCGGAAAAUGCAGUAAGCGGAGACACGCGAGGCUGGCAGAAGCCGUAAAUGUUUUAUAUUGCAGAUGAGUUCAUUGUUGGAAGAGUGAUCAAGGCAAUGAAUGCCAGCUGGCAUCCCUCCUGCUUCUGCUGCGAGAUUUGCAGUAAACAGUUGGCGGACGUCGGAUUCUUGAGAAAUGCAGGAAGGUACUUGUAACAGCGGGAUGCGCAUUAGAAUGCAUAUUCACCGUGUUGUUGUAGGGCUCUCUGCCGUGAAUGCAACGAACGGGAAAAAGCAGCGGGACACGGACGGUACGUGUGCCACAAAUGCCACGCAAUGAUUGAUGACGGGCAGCACAUCAAGUUCCGCGGAGACUCCUUCCAUCCAUACCAUUUCAAAUGCAAACGUUGCAGGUGAGAAACCCAUCCGAAUGUCUUUUGAAUGACACAUCUUCCUGUUUUCAGCGUUGAACUCACAACAGCAUCUCGCGAAGUGAACGGAGAACUCUACUGUCUGAGAUGCCACGACACGAUGGGUAUUCCUAUCUGCGGAGCCUGUCACAGACCGAUCGAGGAGCGUGUGGUGGCAGCAUUAGGCAAGCACUGGCACGUCGAGCACUUUGUGUGCUCCGUGUGCGAAAAGCCGUUCCUGGGACAUCGGCACUACGAAAGAAAGGGACUUCCAUACUGCGAACAGCACUUCCACAAGGUACUUGAGUGUCUGAAUUGCAAAAUGAAAUGCGAGUUUUGCAGUUGUUCGGAAAUCUUUGCUUCAAAUGCGGGGACCCGUGCUGCGGAGAAGUGUUCCAAGCUCUUCAGAAGACGUGGUGCGUCAAAUGCUUCUCAUGCAGUUUUUGCGACAAGAAACUUGACCAGAAGUGAGUUUAAUAUUGAGGAGGCGCAUGUGCUUAUGUGAAUGCAUUUUAGGACAAAGUUCUAUGAAUUCGAUAUGAAGCCAACAUGCAAACGAUGCUAUGAUCGCUUCCCGACGGAACUGAAGAAGCGCAUUUCGGAGAGUCUGAAGGACCGCGACGUUGAAAAUCAACGAAGAUCCAUGAGUCCGGGACCGAAGUGA